AUGUAUAUAUAUGCAGGAAGAUCAUGGAUCCAAGUGACAUCUAAAAUCAAGAAGGAAUACCCCACAGUACAAUACGCAGCUGCCAUGGCUUUGCCACCUUUAUCUAUUCGAGGUGAUUUGGGAGUUGUUUCUACUGCUGGAGUUAGAUAUGCAUAUCCACUCCUAAAAUCAUUUGCAAAAAUGGGACCUCAAGGUGUUCUUGGUGCCACAAAGCUUUUACGCCCUUUUUCAGAAAUAGUUGAUUCAUUGGGACUCAAAGAUCAUUUCAUUAGAAAUUGGGUGGAUCUUUUGUCUUUCUUACUUGCUGGAGUGAAAUCCGAUGGUGUUCUUUCAGCAGAAAUGAUUUAUAUGUUUGCAGAAUGGUAUAAACCAGGUUGUAGUUUAGAAAACCCUAUUGGUGGAACUGGAGCACUUGUUGAGGCUCUUGUUCUCAGAUUUUCCUUCUGAUAAACUUCCAAAAAUGUCAGAACCUUCACAACUUAUGACAGAAAAUACACGUUCUGAUCUUUA